AAUUGCGGCGCCUCAGUGCUGUCAGGUAUUUUGCGCUAGCCGCGCAUAGCCGGACAACUAAGCAACAAUAACAACAGCAGCAGCAGCAGCAGCAUCAACAGCUCCAACAACUGCAACAACAACAACAACAGCAACACAACUAGUGCCUUAGACGCAGCCUCUCACACGUUAGUUCGUUAAGUUGUUUGCCGUAACGCGCGUCACGUAAGCGUGUUACGUGGUGUUGAAAACUUUUCGCCGUAAGAGAUCGUCAGCUGUGUGCACGAGGUAGGGGGUCCAGGGCAGCACCAGGGCAGCAAGGCAGGGGAGAGCAGGGCGGGGGAGCCAGAGUCGACUUCGGCUUGUUGCGAAUGCGUUUACAUGGCAAAAAGCAAAUCGCAGUUGCCACAAAUUCAUUCAAUGGUCAGCUGUGCGACUGUAAAGCGGUUUUCACGGCAAAGCGCAAAAACACGAAAAGCCCAAAGAAACGAAAACCAAUAAAAUAUCUAAAAUACAAAACAAAUAAAAAAUACAAAAACGCGCGCGUAAAAUAAAAAUAAAUAAAAUAAUCAAACUUGACACACUCAAAAUGCUUAAUGUGAAAUGUGUUGAUUGAGAAUUGUUAACAAAUUGAAUUGUAAAAUUGAUUGAAAUAUUUUUGUUAAUUAUAUUGAAGAAUUGCAAUAGAAAUAUUAUGCUGCUUAGCAAUCAGCCGGCGAAUGCCAAGCCGCAGCCGACGUCGCCGUCGCCAACAGCGCCGCAAAGUUUUAAAGUCAAGUUGCAGCAACAAAUUGCGGCAACUGCUGCAGCAGCUGCUGCCGCCGCAGCAACAAUUGCCAAUGGCAAUAGCAACAUCAGCAACAACAACAGCCAUCAUCAUCAUCAGCAUCUGAAUAAUCAUCAGCAUCAUCAGCAUAAUAUUUCCUUUGCCACGGAUUUCUCAAUUGCCGCGAUUAUGGCGAGAGGCGGAAACCCCGCCCCCUCCAACAGCCGCGAGCCAUCGGAAAGGAGUCUGAGUCCAUUAUCUGUGGAGCGCUAUUCGACGCAGGAUGCGGACGAUGAUGUUGACGUUGAUGUGGUUGACUGCAGCGACAGCGAAACGCCAACGGCGGCAGCAGCAGCAGCGGCCGCGGCAGCGACGGCAGCGACAGCAGCAGCCGCAGCAGCAGCGGCGCAGCAGCAUGCGCGUCAUGCAUUGCGUGUUGCACAACAGCAGCAGCAGCAGCAGCAGCAACAACAACAACAACAACAACAGCAGCGCCAACAGGCUCAUGCAACAGCCAACAAGCAGCGACAGCAACAACAACAACAGCAGCACAACAACAACCACAAUCACAGCAAAUCAAGCAGCCAUCGAGGGCGUGCCACAUCCACACCAACGGCUGCAGCUGCCACCACUGCCACGCCCUCGCCGCCACCCGCCCGCGCAGCGCACAGCCCCAGCGAGGACGAGCGCCUGUCCCCCGAGGAGCCUGCGCAGCUGCCAACGCCCAAAAUCUUGGGCUCCUGCAAUUGCGACGAUCUCUUGCCCGUGCAAUGCCAUCUGGAGACUAAAGAGCUCUGGGAUAAGUUCCACGAGCUCGGCACGGAAAUGAUCAUCACCAAAACGGGCAGGCGCAUGUUCCCCACUGUGCGUGUCUCGUUCUCGGGCCCAUUACGGCAAAUCCAACCGCCGGAUCGCUAUGCCGUACUGCUGGACAUUGUGCCGUUAGACUCGAGACGCUAUCGCUAUGCAUAUCAUCGCAGCUCCUGGCUGGUGGCCGGCAAGGCGGAUCCACCGCCGCCGGCACGCAUUUAUGCCCAUCCCGAUAGCCCCAUCAGCCCGGAGGCAUUGCGCAAACAGGUCGUCUCCUUCGAGAAGGUGAAGCUGACAAAUAACGAAAUGGAUAAAAGUGGACAGGUCGUGCUGAAUUCAAUGCAUCGAUAUCAGCCACGGAUUCACUUGGUGCGGCUGAGCCAUGGCCAGAGCAUACCCGGCAAUCCCAAGGAGCUGCAGGAUAUGGAUCAUAAAACCUUCGUGUUCCCGGAGACGGUAUUCACGGCCGUGACGGCCUAUCAGAAUCAAUUGAUUACAAAAUUGAAAAUCGACUCGAAUCCGUUCGCAAAAGGAUUUCGCGAUUCGUCGCGUCUGACUGAUUUUGAUAGAGAUCCCAUGGAUUCGUUCUUUUUCGAUCAGCACAUGCGCGCCGCACCGCUGCGCUUCUUUCCGGAUCCGCUGAUGGCCCAACUGACGCCCCAAGAGGCGGAUGCCGCAUCGCUGGCGCUGCUGGAGAAGGCGCGCCAGCAUUUGCAAAUGUUCGGCCGUUCGCCGUAUACGGAAAUGUUGCUGCCGCAUUUGUAUCAGCGCGCCGCACCGCCAGCACCGCCGCCGCCCCAUCCGAGCGCCUCGCUGGGCGCCUUUCAGCUGGGCAUGUGGCAGCAGCAGUGGCCGCAGCUAACGGCCGGCUUUCUGGCCAGCGCCAAUCAGCAAGCGGCCUUCGCCGCUGCAGCGGCGGCAGCGGCUAACGCCAGCCGUACGCCCCCACCGCCGCCGCCGGCAGCGACUGCCAAUGCACCGCCAGCGCCCGCCACGCCCACAUCAUCUUGCGGCUCAGCAUCGCCGGAUUUGCGCAUCAAGACGCAGCUGGGCCACUAUCCCCAACGCUUCAGUCCGUAUCAGGUGCCGCAGCACGGCCAGCCGGGCAGCUCCCCCUCGCCCUCGCUGCGCGCCGAGAGCCCCUAGAAACAAUGAAAACCAAUAUGCGAAAUGUAUGUGCAAUGAUCGAACAUGUUUGUAAAUAACCCAAAAACAAAACAAGAAAAAAAGAAAACAAAAUACUGUAAUCACUCAAAGCUGUGCAGCGCUAAGCAUGUUGCAGCAACAUGUGGCAAACACUCAAAUUUAGCAGCUCGUUUAUGCCAUGCAACUGAGACGUGUUUCGAGAUUUAUGGAAAUUUCCUUAAAUGAUUUGAGAAAUUAUCUUAGAUAUGAUUUUUGCAAAAAAUUUGUAUGGCUUAUAAUAUAUAAAAGAAACUCUAAUAAUAUUCUAAUAUAAAUCAAAAAUAAUAAUAAAAACUUACUUGAAAUGCAGUAAGAGCCAAAGUAUUUAACACGAAACAAUUUGUAUUUUGAGUCAUUCCACUAUUGACAAUUCGAAACAUUCAUAGAAAAUUAUGCUGAAACUUGAAUAAAAAAGCUUGAUUUAUGACCAAAAUAUAUG